GCCCGCGCGGAGGGGGCCCGCGCCGCGCCGCCGCCCCCCGCGCCGCCGCCCGCCGGGUCGUCCUCCCGCCGCCGGGAGCGCUGUGGGGCGGCCGCGCGCCGGAGGGAGUCGUCGGCGGGGCCCAGGGAGGCCCGGGCCGGAGCGCGCCGCCGCCAUGGCUACAAAAGACCCCACGGCUGUUGAGAGAGCAAACUUGUUAAACAUGGCCAAACUGAGUAUCAAAGGACUCAUUGAAUCUGCUCUAAGCUUUGGCCGGACUUUGGAUUCUGACUACCCGCCCCUGCAGCAGUUCUUUGUUGUUAUGGAACAUUGUCUGAAACAUGGUCUUAAAGUAAGAAAAUCAUUUUUGAGCUACAACAAAACUAUCUGGGGCCCUUUGGAACUGGUGGAGAAGUUAUACCCAGAAGCAGAGGAGAUCGGAGCCAGUGUCCGGGAUCUACCCGGUCUCAAGACCCCACUGGGUCGUGCAAGAGCAUGGCUUCGAUUAGCCCUCAUGCAAAAAAAAAUGGCUGAUUACCUACGUUGCUUAAUUAUUCAAAGAGAUCUCUUGAGUGAGUUCUAUGAGUAUCAUGCACUAAUGAUGGAAGAAGAAGGAGCAGUAAUUGUUGGACUGCUGGUCGGCCUGAAUGUGAUAGACGCUAACCUGUGUGUAAAGGGUGAAGAUUUAGACUCACAAGUUGGAGUGAUUGAUUUUUCCAUGUACUUAAAGAAUGAAGAAGAUAUUGGAAAUAAAGAAAGGAAUGUUCAAAUUGCUGCCAUACUGGACCAGAAGAAUUAUGUUGAAGAAUUAAAUAGACAGCUGAACAGCACAGUGAGCAGUCUCCAUUCAAGAGUUGACUCCCUGGAAAAGUCCAACACUAAGCUGAUUGAAGAGUUAGCAAUAGCGAAGAAUAACAUCAUUAAACUGCAGGAAGAAAAUCAUCAGUUACGAAGUGAAAACAAAUUGAUUAUAAUGAAAACACAGCAGCAACUAGAGGUUGCUAAAGUAGAUGUAGAAACUGAGCUUCAAACAUACAAACAUUCUCGACAGGGGCUGGAUGAAAUGUACAAUGAAGCCAGGAGGCAGCUUCGGGAUGAAUCUCAGCUAAGACAGGAUGUGGAGAAUGAGCUAGCAGUACAAGUCAGCAUGAAACAGGAGAUUGAACUUGCCAUGAAGUUGUUGGAGAAAGAUAUCCAUGAGAAGCAAGAUACCUUGAUAGGCCUUCGACAACAGCUAGAAGAAGUUAAAGCAAUUAAUAUAGAGAUGUAUCAAAAGUUGCAGAGUUCUGAAGAUGGUUUGAAAGAAAAAAAUGAAAUAAUUGCCCGACUAGAAGAAAAAACCAAUAAAAUCACUGCUGCUAUGAGACAGCUGGAGCAAAGAUUGCAGCAAGCAGAGAAGGCGCAAAUGGCAGCUGAAGAUGAGGACAAGAAAUCUCUCCAAGAGUGUCAGAGUAAAUCCAACAAUCUGCAGAAACAAAUCGCCCAAAAGGAGAAACAGCUGGUGCAAUUAGAAACUGAUCUGAAGAUUGAGAAGGAAUGGAGGCAAACUUUGCAGGAAGAUCUUCAAAAGGAGAAAGAUUCUGUAUCUCAAGUUAAAGAUGAGACCCAACAAAUCGUUAGUCUUAAAAAAGAUUUCCUUAACCUGCAGGAUGAAAAUCAACAAUUGAAAAAAAUAUAUCAUGAACAGGAGCAAGCUCUUCAAGAACUCGGCAACAAACUUAGCGAAUCAAAACUUAAAAUUGAAGACAUUAAAGAAGCCAACAAAGCACUGCAGGGACUCGUUUGGUUGAAAGACAAAGAAGCAACACACUGUAAACUUUGUGAAAAGGAAUUCUCACUUUCAAAGAGAAAGCACCACUGUAGAAACUGUGGGGAAAUUUUCUGUAAUGCUUGUUCUGACAACGAACUACUUUUGCCUUCUUCACCAAAACCAGUGCGGGUAUGCGAUUCCUGUCAUGCUUUGCUGAUUCAGAGAUGCUCAUCUAACUUGCCAUGAAUUCCAGAACAUACCCUUAUGUAUUGAAAGUACAUAUGAUGAAUGUAUGUAUGUAUGUAUGUAUGUAAUACGUAUGUAUAUAGUCCUUCUUCAGCAGCUGCUUUCAGACAGUAUUGGUACCGGUUUUCACUUUUAUUCAGCUAAUGGGAAUUAGCUGUUUAAUUUUAUAUUUCCUUCCCCAGUGCUACUUAAAAAGAAUUUCCAGGGCUGGAGCGAUAGCACAGUGGGUUUGCCUUGCACGCGGCCGACCUGGGUUUGAUUCCCAGCAUCCCAUAUGGUCCCCUGAGCACAGCCAGGAGUAAUUCCUGAGUGCAGAGCCAGGAGUAACCCCUGUGCAUCGCUAGGUGUGAGCCAAAAAAGCAAAAAAAAAAAAAAAAAAAAUUUCCAGGGCUGAAGCCGUAGUACAGUGGGCACUACGUAGGGCACUAGCCUUGCACAUGGCUGACCUGGGUUUUUGGUUGUUUUUUUUAACCCCCCACCUGGCCACCCCCCACAACCUGGGUUUGAUCCCUGGCACACCAUCAGGUCCCUCAAACCCUGCCAGGAGUGAUCCUUGAGCACAGAGCCAGGAGUAAGCCCUGAGCACUGCUGGGUGUGGCCAAGAAGCUUGCCUUGCACAUGGCUGACCUGGGUUCAAUCUCUAGCAUCCUAUUUGGCUCCCCAAGUCCUGCCAGGAAUGAUCCUUGAGCAAAGAGCCAGGAAGAAGUAAGCCCUGUGCACCUCCAGGUGUGACCCCCCCCAAAAAGCCACAUACAUACAAAAAGAAUUUCCAACCAUAUAUGAAAUUUUCACAUAACUUGACUAAUUCCUAAUUGGUAUAAUUACCACUAACUCUUAAUAGCUGACACAUAUUUGCCUUAUUUUGUAAAAAGACCUUCUUAAAAACAAGGCCUUGGGUAAUUUUAUUCUCCAGAUUGUCAAACUGAUAACUUGAUGCCUAUAAUUUUAAGCUUUUCUUCAGAGAAAGGUUGAAAACACCAAACUUCAACAAUUUGAUUUGCCCAGUAAGAUUUCAGCUUUACUUUGCUUUCUUCCCUUCCUUUGCUUAAGAAAAGGCUAUUUAUCCUGUAAUACUUCCUUUUGGUUCUUUCCGAAAGUAAUGUAAUGGCACCUUUCAGGUCCAAGUUUUGGGUUAAAUAUUGUUUUGCCUUCUUGUCUUGAAGUACCCUCCUUUAAGUUAUUUGCAGCUGUACAGCCAGAGUGAGUGAUAGUUUAGCGGGUAUGGUGUUUGCCUUGCACAUGGCUGACUCAGGUAUGAUCGAUCCCUGGCACCCCAUAUGGUCCCCUGAGCCCUCCUGGAGUGUCACCUGAGCACAGAUAUACCUCAGAUAAAAUAUAAAAAUAUAUUUUAUUUGAGGGAGCUUGUAUUUUUUUUUUGCUUUUUGGGUCUCACCCGGCGAUGCACAGGGGUUACUCCUGGCUUUGCACUCAGGAGUUACUCCUGGCGGUGCUCAGGGGACCAUAUGGGAUGCUGGGGAUUGAACCCGGGUCGGCCGCGUGCAAGGCAAACGCCCUACCCGCUGUGCUAUCGCUCCAGCCCCAGGGAGCUUGUAUCUUUUGAAAAUUGAAAACCUAAAUCCUUUGUAAGUGUACUCUCCUGUAAUCAGGGUAUUGAGUACAUGGAUGUAUUGCCAGCUACAUAACUGGAAUUAUUUUAAGCAUAUCACUGAACACUAAUCCUGUUAUAUUGCUUAUAUAAUUACAGAGAGUACACUCUUGAUAGGCUCUCUUCUAAACUUCUAAGAAGUCUUGGGCCAGAGAUCUGAGCACAUGCUUUGUACAUGGGACCAGGGCAUUAAGAGCCCACAUCCAAACAGCACAGCAUGGUCUCAGGCACCAAUGUGGGUAACCCCUAGCAAGACCAGGGAUAGAACUGCUUGCUGCAUAUUGCCCAUAGAAAAGCGUUGAUAUGCCUGAUGAGUAAUUGAAAACAAAUUACAUUUCCAUUCCAGUUUAACUCGUAAGCAUUUAUUUGGUCUGGAGAGAAAAGAAACUUCACUAUAUGCUGAGCACUUCUGAGCCAGGGUAUUGAGAUGGAUGUGCUGCUAGCAACAUAAUUGGAACUAAAUUUUAAGCAUGUCAGUAAACACUAAUCCUGUUAUACUGCUUAUAUAAUUUUGAUCACCACCACUUCAGGAUCCUUAGUUUUUGUAAUUUGACACUUUUAAGUCUGUAAGCCUCUCCAAUCAUAUAGGAAUCCAACACUAUUUUUAGAAGCACUUGUGAUUAGUCAUGACCCUAAUUCUGUAGGGUCAUGAACAGGUUAUUCUACAGAACUUUCCCUCGUUAAAGCUUAAAAUUACCUAAUUUUCUAAAUUGCCAAAGUGUGAAAAGAAUUCUAAGGUUUAUUUUUUCUGUAAUUCCAUCUUUGUGGUCUUCAGUUAGAACUGACAGACCGAAACCUCUGAUACAAGCUAUCUGUAGUAUUCUCAAGAGAUAUGCAUUAUAUCAAUGGGAUGAACUAAAAUUUUUGACUGAAAAAUGAGCAACAAUGAAAAAUUUGUUAUUUUUCAUUCCAGAUACCAAUUGUUUUAAUUAUUGUAUUUUGAACAAAUUUUAGGAUGUUUUCAAGUUAAAUUCCAUGGUGUUUUCUUCUCCUAAACUCCUUGACCUUGAUAACUUGGGAGUUCCAUUUUUCUGCUUUUGAAGAUAUGCCUGUUAUCUAUAACUAUGGUUGUUUUCCUUUUGUGAAAUGAAUUUUAGGUCUCAUGUUAAAGAAAAUCUCUUGGGGGCUGGAGCAGGUAGGGCCUUGUAACAUGGCUGACCCAGGAUUGAAACCUGGCACCACAUAUAGCUCCACCAGGAGUGAAUCCAGAGGGAGAAAGCCCUGAAUAUCACUGUGUAGCCCCCCCAAACCAGAAAAAACAAAAACUCUCAGAUUUCCAGGGACCAGAGCCAUUUUCAGGUAAUGCAGGAUCCACUGGGGAUAGCCCCUCAUCUACCCCAAGUCUCAACUUACAUGGCUGGUUACAUAGCUGUGUGGCAGACUGUGUGUGUGAGGUCCCUCACAGUAUACAUUCCUACCCCCACCUAGGAAACUUGGGAUAUAGGCCUUGCAAAUGGCCAGCCCCAGUUCACCCUAUCACUUUACAUAUAUGGUCCCAAAACACUGCCGUGAGUCAUCCAAGAAGAGCCAGGAAUAAGCCCUAACCACAGUCAGAUGUAUUCCCCAAAACAACUUGCUACUUGUAUUUUUUGAUUAAUUUAUACUUCUACUUUCCUUCAGUGUUUCCAUGUCAUUCUCCUUUGUUUAACCAGUACUUAGCACACUCUGUGCCAAUGAAUUGUAAUCCUGUAAUGUUUUAAAAAUGUGAAUUUUAUAAGCUAAAUAAACUAUUUCAA